CGGGCGGGAAGCGAGCGCAUUGUAUGCAUGCACAUUGUUUACACACAGCGCACAUAUGCACAAGUGCGAUGAGACAUUACAGCAUGCAUUUGGGUCUGUACAAGAGGGACACAUUCACUCAAUAUCAUUGUUUGGAUCGUUGAGACGACGAUGAGACAGGACGUUCGUAUUGCCCAGCCAGCCACCACUCUCUGAGAUCCUUGAGCUGCUCUUGGUGCUGGUCGGCCACUUGCUCGGUGCCGUCCCAGCAGAAGCUGCAACGACGCCUGGAACGGACGUUGAAUUAAAACACGUGAUGUCACACGAGAUUUCUUCCCACCUUAGCGGCCCCCUCAUUCCGCUCUUCUGUCUGCGUUGUCGUCCUGCUGUCCUGAAGCUGCUCUCCUCCAUACAUGUGCACGCUCUGUCGGGGAGGUCCACGUCUCUGGACGCUGUCGCUGAUGUUAGGUCACGGUAGGCCAGGAGCACAGCAUGCCAGUACUCUCGCAGCGCCGACGCAGACAUAUAUUCGCGGAAGAACGACAAG